CCCGCGUUGAAAACUUUUCCUUUUUCGUUCAUUGGUACACUCCCUCUUACCACCACCACCGUUUCACUCUCUCUCCGCGUUAAAUAAACUCUUAUCUCCAUGAACUUUCCUAGUUAUUACUACAAUUUAUUACACAAACUAUCUCCUUUUCUUUCUUCUCUCUUUGUUUGCCUUAGAUUUACAAACACACCUCAAAGCUCAAAACAACUCACCACUAAUCAAUUCUUUUCUUUUCUCUCAAAACAAAUUCAUUGAGUUCAUUUCUCACUUCCAUGGCCGAAACCAGACACUACGUUCUCCCCUCUCAAUUGGAUAUUGAGCAAAUUAUAUCAGAAGCACAGCAUCGAUGGUUACGUCCGGCUGAAAUUUGUGAAAUUCUCAGCAAUCAUAAGAAGUUUCAAAUUGCUCCAGAACCUGCUCAUAUGCCAUCAAGUGGUUCACUAUUCUUAUUUGAUCGGAAGGUGCUGAGAUAUUUCAGAAAGGAUGGCCAUAACUGGAGGAAGAAAAAAGAUGGAAAAACAGUGAGAGAAGCUCAUGAGAGACUAAAGGCUGGAAGUGUGGAUGUGUUGCACUGCUACUAUGCCCAUGGAGAAGAAAAUGAAAAUUUUCAAAGGCGCACGUAUUGGAUGCUUGAAGAAGAUCUCUCUCACAUUGUGCUUGUGCAUUAUCGACAAGUGAAGGGAACCAAGGCAAAUUCUACAUGUGCUAAAGAAAAUGAAGAAUCUCUUCCUUAUGCUCAACAAACUGACAAAAUUAUGCCCAAAACAGAGGUGGACACUUCUUUAUCAUCUACUCUUCGUCCCCAUAGUUACCAGGUUCCUUCACAAACUAUAGAUACAAGCAUGAACAGUUCCCAAGCAUCGGAAUAUGAAGAAGCCGAGUCCGCAUUCAAUAACCAUGCAAGUUCUGAUUUCUAUCCUUUCCUCAAAUUACAACUUCCUGUUGAGAAGAUUAAAGCUCAACCUGCUGAUUCUUAUUGUCCUAGGCCACUCAUAGAUGAUCAAGAGAAGUUGCCUGUCAUUCCUGGGGUGAAUUAUAUUUCACUCACUCAAGGCAAUAAAAUGAAAGACAUUCAUAAUUUUGGAUUGACAUAUGAAUCCUCAAAACCCUUUGGCUUAUCCUCAUGGGAAGGUAUCUUAGAAAAUAACGCUGAAAGUCAACAUGUGCCUUUUCAGCCUUUAUUUCCUGAAACGCAACCUGAUAACAUGGGAUUCAAUAGCAAUUUUUCUCAAGGAGAUGAGAUAAUGGUGCCACAUCUGACCACCAGCAUUACUGAGCAGCAUGAGAAUGGAAGUCUCAUACAAGCUGAAGGAAAUUGGCAGGCUUAUGGUGUUGAUUCUUUACGCAUGUCCAGUUGGCCUAUAGAUAGUGUGUAUUCAGGCUCAACAUGUGAGGUUAGUUGUAGCAACUGUGACAAGGAAGUUGAUUUUCAAAAUUCCUUGGAACAGUGUCUUCUACAUCCACACCAACAAAAUAAGGUUCUCGUGCAAAGUGAUCCUCAAGAAAAACUUUUGAAUACAAAAGGCAAGCUAACAUCAGAUUUGGAGGGCAAUAGAAACCCUGAUGGAAUGGAAGACACGUAUUUCACUUUUAAGGAUGGACCUCCGGCAGAAGAGGGUCUGAAGAAGCUUGACAGUUUCAACCAAUGGAUGAGUAAAGAACUUGGAGAUGUGGAAGAAUCAAAUAAGCAAUCCACUUCUAAUGCUUAUUGGGAUACAGUUGAAAGCGAAAAUGAGGUUGGCAGCACAACUAUUCCUUCUCAAGGGCACCUGGACAACUUUGUACUGGAUCCAUCUAUUUCCCAUGAUCAGCUCUUUAGCAUUAUUGACUAUUCCCCAAGCUGGGCAUUUGAGGAAUCAGAAGUUAAGGUUAUCAUUUCUGGACGAUUCUUAAGAAGUCAACAUGAAGCAGAACAAUGUAAAUGGUCAUGCAUGUUUGGUGAGGUGGAAGUGCCAGCAGAGAUCAUUGCAAAUGGUGUUCUCUGUUGUCUUACUCCGCCACACAAGGCUGGGAGGGUACCUUUCUAUGUAACUUGUUCCAAUAGGUUAUCAUGUAGUGAGGUGCGAGAAUUUGAUUUCCAAGUCAACUAUACUCAAGAAGCCAACACUGAAGGUGAGAAUAGAGGCAGCACUUUUGAUACUUUUAGUAUCCGAUUUGGAGAAAUGUUGUCCCUGGGGCAUGCCUUUCCUCAGAAUUCAGAUUCAAUCAGUGCAAGUGAGAAAUUUCCACUGAUAAGUAAAAUCAGUUCUUUGCUGAGGGGAGAUGAUGAUGAUUGGGACAAGCUACUGAAACUUACUCUAGAGAAGGAUUUUUCUCCAGAAAAUUUACAGGAGCAGCUGCUUGAAAAUCUUCUGAAAGAUAAGUUACAUGCAUGGCUCAUUCAGAAAAUAACUGAAGAUGGGAAAGGCCCUAAUGUAUUAGAUGAAGGUGGCCAAGGUGUGCUUCAUUUUGCGGCUGCUCUUGGCUAUGAUUGGGCCCUAGAACCCACAAUAGUUGCUGGUGUGAAUGUGAACUUUCGUGAUGUAAAUGGAUGGACUGCUCUUCACUGGGCAGCAUUUUGUGGCAGGGAGCGUACGGUUGCUUUUCUCAUCUCUCUCGGUGCAGCACCUGGUGCACUGACUGAUCCAUGUCCAGAACAUCCUUCUGGUAGAACACCGGCUGACUUGGCUUCUGCAAAUGGACACAAAGGAAUUGCAGGGUAUCUUGCAGAAUCUUCACUAAGUGCACACCUCACAACUCUUGAUUUGAACAGGGAUGUGGGAGAAAAUUCGGGAGCAAAAGUAGUCCAAAGACUCCAAAACACUGCUCAAGUACAUGAUCUUGAUGGUCCAUCAUAUGAACUGUCAUUGAAAGAUUCACUGGCUGCAGUGUGUAACGCCACCCAAGCUGCUGCCCGUAUUCAUCAAGUUUUCAGAAUGCAAUCAUUCCAGAGAAAACAACAAAAGGAAUAUGGUGAUGACAAAUUUGGAAUAUCUGAUGAACGUGCUCUAUCACUUGUAACAGUGAAUGUAAAAUCACACAAGUCUGGACCACGCGAUGAGCCUGUCCAUGCUGCUGCAAUACGAAUCCAGAACAAAUUCCGUAGUUGGAAGGGAAGAAGAGAAUUUUUGAUGAUUCGCCAACGAAUAGUAAAAAUUCAGGCUCACGUGAGAGGUCACCAGGUUAGGAAAAGUUGUGGGAAGAUAAUAUGGUCCGUUGGAAUCUUGGAGAAGGUUAUUUUACGUUGGCGUCGAAAAGGUAGUGGUUUGCGUGGAUUUAAAUCAGAGGCCAUUUCUGAGGGAACUAUGAUACAAGAUGCGUCUUCCACAGAGGAUGACUUUGAUUUCUUAAAAGAAGGCAGGAAGCAAACAGAGCAUAGGUUGCAGAAAGCCCUAGCCAGGGUGAAGUCAAUGGUUCAGUAUCCAGAGGCAAGAGACCAAUACCAUAGACUGUUGAAUGUUGUAACUGAGAUCCAAGAAAAUCAGGUAAAGCAUGAGAGCAGUUCUAUGAGUUCAGAAGAACCGAGAGAUUUCAGUAACCUCAAUGAUCUUGAAGCAUUGUUGGACGAUGAUAUUUUCAUGCCUACAGCAACUUAGAAGUUGGCUUUCAUUGUGAAUUGUAUGACUUAGAAUUUUACAGCAGAGUUAGGUAAUGAACUUUCUCAUUUAGACCAUUAUAGUAAUCUUAAUUCUUAUUCUUUUA